CCUUCAAUGAAUGGCAUAGUGAUCUUUAUAUUUUUUUUGAUCUAUUCAAUAAUAUUCAUACUAGGCGUGGUUGGAAAUGCUUUUGUAAUUUUUCUUACUCUCAAACACCGUAAACUUCAGACCGUACAGAACAUGUUUAUUUUAAAUUUGGCUGGUGCAGAUCUUGUUGUAUGUAUAUUUUCUCUUCCUAUCACUCCCAUAACGACAGUUUUCAAAACAUGGUACUUCGGUGCGACAAUGUGUCAUGGAUUACCAUGGAUGCAAGGCAUUGCAAUCUUCAUUGGUACUUUUAGUUUAUGUGCAAUAUCCGCUGAUCGUUACAUCUUGGUUGUAAUGCCGACUAGAAAACUUAUAACCAAAACGCGAUCUAAGUGGAUUACUACAUUACUGUGGACUUUAUCUGCAAUUUUCACGUUGCCAUACGCUAUGUACAUGGAUCUUGUCAAUGCUGACGGAAUUUGUGGCCAAUUUUGUACAGAAAAGUGGCCUGACUCUGAUUUGAGGAGAAUUUAUACAAUUUUCGUUUUUGUUGUGCAGUUUAUUAUUCCAUUGACCAUUAUGUUUAUAUCGUAUUGCCGAAUAUUUGACAAACUGAAAUGUGAAUUGGUUACAAAUGCUCGUCGUAAUACUAUAUUAUUGGUGAGUAUGGUUGUAGUGUUUGCUGUCUCUUGGUUACCUCAUAAUAUUGUAUCACUUUUAAUGGAAUUUGAUGAAAACAUUUUCGAGCGUGAUGGUGAAAGCAUUAUUUAUUUAAUUAACCUAUUUACGCACUGCAUCGCAAUGACGAAUAAUGUUUUGAACCCGAUUCUAUAUGCCUUGUUAAAUCCACUUUUCAUAGAAUUAAUCGCCAAAUCCUUGUCAUGCUUUGAUAAUUCACUUUCUACAAAACAAGCUAGUGAUGCAAAAGUAACAACAACUAAUAUUCAGCAAUGA